AUGGCAAAAGAACCAAAGCAGGGUCAAAUGGAUAUCAUGAUGGCUCAACCUACACCAGAAGGGGGACAACCAAAGAAUCUUGCUGAAGUUUUUGCUCAUGUUUUGCCAUCAAGUAAAUUUCUUCGAAAUGUUGGCCUUGAGACAGCAGUCCCCAAGAGAAGUGCUAUUGCUGCUGCAAGUGUACAAGAGCUGGAGGUUGAAGUUGCGGCCAAGAAGCAAGUGCUGCAGCACUUAGAGAUCAACUUCAUGGCCAGCAGGAUGAGUUGGAAGCAUUGA